ACGAAGAAAAUAAUCUUUUUCUGUAGACUGCAAGUCCUUGGUGAAGCCAAAGUACCCAACAGUCACCGUAUUCUUGCUUGGGAAACUGGAGACACCUUAGAAGAAAAGGUCUUUGGAUAUUGGAAUUUAAUACAGAAGCAUUCUUAAAAGUAUCAUUUUUUUUAGGCCGAUGUACACAAGAUAGCAGCCAGACCUCCAGCGGCGCUGAGCGAUUGCUCAUCUCUGCUGGGAAAGAGCAGAACCACAAGUUCCAAGCACGGAAUGUCACCAAGAGCUUCCAUUGAUAUUUUAAUCAAUAAAUGCCUAACGAAUACCAGGUAAGCCAACCUUCACGAUGCUCGAUUCCACUUCAUAUGUGUCAGUAUGUGCAUGGGUGAACGACUGCAGCCGUAUUUUCAGCAAGACCUCCAGCCCAGUGGUCAGUAUAGGUUUUAAUACGGGCUGUACGUUGGGAGGAGGCUUUCUUUGCAAGUUAUAUGUGCGUGAGUCUUCAGGAGAAGAAAAAGCUGUGGAAAUAACCUGGAGACAAGUGUUUGAAGGCGGUAGCCUCUAUGUGGCAUGAGAGGAUGAUCAGCUGCUAAGCUUUGGCCUCAAACUCUUUGACAUGGGAGUUAAACCAGAGAGGAAACUCCUUGAGUGAGAAAUCAAGGUCGGUUGGGGUAUUCAAGUCUGUUUACUGUAACUUCUUGGAACAAAGUCUAUUGUUCUAGGUUUGACCAGUGCCUUGCACAACGGGAGUUUGAUCGUGACGUAAACAUUAAAGUAUUACUCUAAUACAGAUCGAAUUUUAUGGCCAAUAUGAUUCACGAUUAGGAGUCAGUCCAGCAAGAUCAUUGUUUGUUGGGAGCGAAGUCCUGGAGCCUUUAGAUGGUGACCACAGAAACACGACAAUCAGGGACAGCCACAGGAAACCUGAGGGAAGGUAAAUAUCACCAAAUUAUAGUGUCAGUGGUUCUAAUAUAUCUCUGUACCAGAGGAAUGAGGUGGAAGUGAGUCAUGGAGCCUUUCAUGCUCAUUGCAGACUCUGAAGCCUGUGAGUUUCAGUCACAUCUUAGUAGAUCAACACAGGAGCACACUGAAAAAUCUUUCAGACUGCACAUGAAGAUGCUGAAGAGAAAAAGGUUAAAAAAUAAAAAUGAAAAAAAAAAAUCCAGCCCUCAGGUGGCUACUGCUGCCUUACUCCAGCACUGGUGAGUAUUCUUCCACUCUUCUGUCAAAUGCAACACACACUAAAUAAUUAGCAUCUACUUUUGUGCAAGAUUCUUGCAAAUUUCCUUAUGUCCACAAAGUAGCAAAGAACUUUUCUAUCAAAUGCUCUUCAGAGUUGUGGUUUAGAAAGUGGGAUGGUAUCAGUGAAGAAGAACAGGAUAUAAAUUCAGCAGUUUCUGAGAAAAAGGUCCUUAAAGCUGUUAGACGUUAAACAACGAACUAAUUAAACAUCGCAGAAUGCCUGAGCAAAUAAUGAAUUAAUGUUUAUUGUGAAUUAGAUGGAGUUUUUUUCAUUAGUAGGAAUGUAACAUUAAAGCACAAGUUCUUUUGUGUAGCUGCUGCUCAGGAGGAACCAAACUGCCCCACCCUGCGUGAAUUACAAGGAAAAUUUGCAUUUGGAUUUGUGUCAGGUAUGACUCCUCCCUACCUACAGGGAUUUUGCAUUUACAAUAGCCCUUUUUUCUCCCUAGGCUUUAUGGCUUUAUUUCUGAAGCAAGAAGAAAAGACACUUGUCUCAUCCAGUCAGUUGUCUGUGGUCUUAGGCACGAUUAUGCCCUAAGAGCUGAAGUCAAGGAGAACCCCCUGGCUUGGACGCUGGAGAGGGAUGAGAUGAUGCAGCACAUUGCAGUUCUGCACGAGGCCUCAUGAUGUCCAUUGAAAGACUGAGCAGAUGGAUGGUGUUGACUCAAGGCUUCGCUGAAGUAGGAAUUAAUCUUCCCCAACCCUUAGCCAGCCUGCCUGUCACUUGCUGGUUUUCAGCUCUGGUUGUGUGUUGCCUGCACUUUGGUGGGGUUUGUUGUUGGAACGCACUGACAACCGAGGAGGAAGUUGAGCUGCGCAUUUCACAGCAAACAAGGGCUGGUGUUUCAACAACAGAAGUGGGAACUGGAUGUGAGUUCAAGGAGAAAGAGGCAGGGAAGAACAGUUAAACCCCUUAUCCUUUCAGUGCCCUCUUUUUCUCGCAUGUAUAGUGUACGUAUGUGACUUUGAAAGUAACACCAAAUCAUCUCUACUUAAUUGUGCUGGGGAGUUCUUAUUUCCAUUUCAUCGAUGCAGCUUUUUCUCCUGUAGUUUCAGGCAUCACUCAAGUUUCUCGGUGUACUCUCAGCAUCAAGGACGUGGAGUACUGCUGUUCCACCAUGCUACGGUAAAAGUGUAUGUUGUCUAAGGGUUACUGCACAGCACUGAGACUCACAGCUCCUGAACUUCAUUUCCUGUUUUGAAAUCACCUUGGGCACGUCCCAGCCGGGUUCUGUUGUUCCGAGAGCUGCUGAGCACUCGCGGUUCCUGUGGAGGUCUGAGCUCUACAGGCUUUGGGCAUUUCUGAAACUGCAAACUCAGUUGCGUGACGUGAAAUUUUCCACAACAGCCACUUGAAAUGAAUCGUCAUUAAAAAUUCAGCCCAAGGCUUCUCAUGUCUUUCUCAGUCUCUUCAACAUGUUCAAGGAUUAUUGUCUUCUCCACAGGCAUAAUUGGCAGAUAAUUAUUAAUGGAUCUUUGAAGUCUAUACAAAAUAAUAUCAUUUACUACUCAUAAUAAAUAGCAAAGUGAUAGCAAAUUGUACAUCCGGUUAAAGAAAUAUAAAGAUUAUAGAACUAAAAGGUGUUGUAGAAGGAAAAAUCUAGAUAGAUAUCAACCAAGGGCUGCCAGCAGCAAGGCACAGCCAGUGUUUAAAGAGUUAACCUGAGAUACAGGAGAUAAGAUUAGGUUCCCUCCGUACUGGACUUCGUCGUGAUCUAAAACAAAUACAGUGAUUGUUCUUUUCCUACUCAUAAAAUGUAGAUAACACUCUUUCUUCACAGGUGUGUUGUGAGCAUAAGUAUAAGAAAGAUUGUUAAAUUCCCAGAAUACGGGAAUAUAAGAAUAACCUUGAAUCGAGAUCGUGGUACGGAGAGAUGGGGCUAUGGAGCAGCCCUCUUUCACACAGUGCUCUCAAUUCAAACUACUUUUCAUCCAGCUUUGAGAGCUCAAACUUUAUUACAUAGGGUUGGAAUAUACAAAUGGGGGGUUGUACAUUGAAGCACUCUAAAAAAGUGAUUUCCACAAUAAUAUUUUCUCCUUUAAUGUAGCAACAUUAUGUUAAUUUUAUAUAAUUAUAUUAGUGAAAUAAGAUUACGAGGCUUUUGUGAAAAGCUGUUUCUACUACUUGAUAUUAUUUUUACUCACAUUUUGAUCUCAUGUUGUUCAGUAUUUCAUGCUUGAACACCAGAUUUUCAAAUCAGAACAAUUUCGAGCGGCAUUUUCAGGAAUACCUGGGCACUUAGGAGCCCAAGUUCAUGGAUGUACUCUUCUUAGUAAUCAGGAUAUCUUUGAGGAUGUUUUACUUUUUGAAUAGACUGCUCUUCAUCCCUUAAUUCUAUAUAAUCAUUCUUUGCAUUUCCCUGUGACCACGUGAAAUACCUUUUACUCAUUUGCAUAAAGUAUUUCUAGCAUGUAAGUGCGUACUACUAAUUGCACACUAACCUCAAUAUACUUUCAUACGCUUUAACAUCAAUAGAAAAGAAAAAGCUACGGAAUUUUCCUGUUUAAGCCAAACAUUUCAGCACGAAUGCCUUAUGUUGUAAAUUCUGGUAGAACUAUUGUACAGUUCACAGUGAUACAGAUUUAGAGCUGGAAUUGCUGCUAUAGUGAUCACACGGCAGCGCUGAACGUGGAAAGCCCAUAAACUCAGCUGAGCCGCUCUGCAAUAUCGCGGUAUAAAAUUGUCACUAACGCAAAUCAAUCCUUUGCCAGUAUAACAGUAAAAAAAAUUAACUGGGAGUAACUCUGUGGGUAAUACGGCUUUACCUGGAUAAUUUAGCAAAAGGAAAGGUGCUCAUUCGCAGGGGGAUGCCAGGGAGGGCGUGCUGGAGAUUUCUCCUUGUGCGAGGGCACGUUGAACAGAAUGUGGGGUGACACCGGGACAACCACCCUCAGCAUGAGCAAACGACAGCCGCCACUUCUGCGUAGAAAAUAUACCCACAGUGCUGUUGGUAUUGAUAUACUGAUGUGCUGCUCACCUGAACUGCUCGGCUGUCCUAAAUCCCCAUUCUCCCCAUUGUAUACUGCAUUCUUUGUUCCAGCAGUGCCCUCUGCUGUCUAAUAGCAUGGAAUAUACGCCCAAAGGGCUUUUUCCCUCGUCUGAAUCAUUGUAGGCUUUUCAGAUGGAUCUGUAUAUUUGAUGUAUAUUAUUUAUUCCACUAAAGAAAAGCCCUUAGCUAAUCAUAUUUUAGUUUAUCAUAUCGUUUGGCAUAUAAGAUUGGUGUUUGUUUUGUAGAUAUGAUCUAGCUGUGCGUAGAAAAACGGCCACUGUUGGCCGCAUCAGCUUAAUUGUAAGCAAGAGCCAGCGAACGACUUGGUUCUGUUGUCUCCUGCUCAGUCUUGAACACUUCAGAAGUUUUGCGGUGUCACGAGAGUUGAUCUGAAAUUAGGACUUACAUCCUCCUCUGAACUGGGGUCCAGGUUAGUGCACAACAGCAGCGGUGCUCUUUGGGUUGUCACAUACUCACCCCUUCCAAAAGAAGAAAUAACUCCUCUCCAUUUUCUGACUCCCUCAUCCUUUAUCCAACUAUUCCAUUUGUGAAGUUAAGCUGAAUUCUCUUUCAUUCCGUUUCGCAAUAUCCUCAAAGACUUUUAAACUACUGAUGUGAUAAUUCACCUUCACAAGAACUAUCCAGAUUUUUCUCUUUGUAAAGGUUGCUUUAAGCAGAUCACCUGUGGAGUAGUAAAUAUAUUUUCCACUUCUGGCUAUCCUAGCAGCUUACAGGUAAUUGGCUACACUCUGAGUUGGUAACCCAAAUAUUUAAAAAACACGAGUGGUUAAAGUUUAAUCCACACUCAUGACGAUGAUGUGGUAACGGAAGCCGUGCAUCAGGAUUCAUUCUUCGCUUGGAGAAUAAGGUGGCAGCAACACUCGUGUAGCAUGAUCUCUGACGGAAUACGGGAUGUCUAAAGCAGACUCAUUAAUGGUUGAAAUUAGGAUUUUCCACCAUGAAUGGAUAUCCAAACUGCACUGCUAACCACACUAACAUUUGGAGCCAUUCUUUGGUACUUGCACUGGGCAUCCCUCAACUGACCAUCAACAUAGCAUCUGUGAUCUUCAACUGCACAGUCAUCUUCACCAGAAUGGUGACAAAGGAUCUGCACAAGCCUAUCUCAAUACUCUUCUGCAAUUUGGCUUUUUCUGAUCUCUUCACCAGCUUUUCUGGCUUUUGGAUUGCAAUGCUGUUCAUCACCAAUCCUGACAUUACAAUAUUUGGAUCCAAGGACAUGCUUGCACCUUAUUCAUUAUAUACUGUGUCUAUCUUAUCCACCAUCUAUAACUUGGUAAGCAUUGGAAUUGAACGCUACCUGGCUGUGGCUGAAAGCAUGAGGACGAGGUUCAGGGUUGCUAGAUGCCAUUCCAUAGCUAUAGUUUUAAUUAACUGGGUCCUUGCUUUCUUUUUGGGCUGCUUGCCGUUGAUGGGGUGGAACUGCUUGCAUAGAGAAGAAAACCUCUCUGUCCUUUACAGUCCGUUUUGCGUUGACUACCUCAUCUUCAUCGCUGUUCCAAAUGUUGUGGUGGCUUUUAUUAUACCUCUGUUCACUUACCUUCGAAUCAUUAUCAUCUUGAGGAAGAGAAAGCUGAGAAUGAAAGCAUGUGGACAAGCUACCGGCACCUACAAAUCGGCCGAGAUCCAGGUUGCCAGAACCAGUAUCUUCAUUUGGCUCCUGGCGUUGAUCUCCUACGCUCCUUUUUUCGCAGGAGUCAUAUUUGAUGCAACCAACCGUCGGUGCCGCAUUGAUCUCUACCCAGGCGUCUACAUCUUCCGAAACUUCACGGCCAUGCUAAUAACCAUGAACUGCUUAGGAAACCCUAUGAUAUAUACCCUGAAAGUCAAAAUUCUGGGGGCUAAAUUCAAGGCUCUGAAAUGCCUCUUCACCAGCCGUGUCCAAGCCUGCACCAUUGAGAACAUCUAGCAGGAACUGUCAACGACUGAUUCCUGCCUCCUUUGG